CGGUGCCUUCCCCUGCUCCGGCCGCUGGCCCGGGUCCCGCCACCCGACCCUCCCUGGCUCCACGGCUGUGGAGGGAUCAUGAGCGCCUUGCGGGACGUCUCCCUGCAGGACCCGCGGCUCCGCUACGAGCUGGUCCAGCGGAUCGGGUCCGGCACCUACGGCGACGUUUACAAGGCGCGUGACACUGAGACAGGUGAAUUAGCAGCUAUCAAGAUAGUGAAACUUGAUCCAGGGGACGACAUUGGAUCCAUUCAACAAGAAAUCACCACUCUCAGGGAUUGUCGCCACCCAAAUGUUGUGACAUAUUUUGGCAGCUAUCUCAGAAAUGACCGUCUAUGGAUUUGCAUGGAAUACUGUGGAGGAGGCUCUUUGCAGGAGAUCUACCACUCCACUGGUCCCCUCUCAGAAAAACAGAUUGCUUAUGUCUGCAGGGAAACACUCCAGGGCCUCCACCACCUGCACUGCAAAGGGAAAAUGCACCGGGACAUCAAGGGGGCCAACAUCCUGCUUACAGCUGAUGGUGACGUGAAACUCGCGGAUUUUGGAGUCUCUGCAGAACUGACAGCAUCUGUGGCAAAGCGGAAAUCCUUCAUUGGAACGCCCUAUUGGAUGGCGCCAGAAGUAGCUGCAGUGGAAAAGAAGGGUGGCUACAACCACUUGUGCGACAUCUGGGCCCUCGGCAUCACAGCGAUUGAACUGGCUGAGCUCCAGCCCCCCCUUUUUGACCUGCAUCCCAUGAGGGCAUUGAUGAUGUUGUCAAAAAGCAGCUUCCAACCCCCCAAGCUAAAAGAGAAGGCAUGCUGGUCUGCAGAUUUUCAUCACUUCCUCAAACUGGCCCUGACCAAGAACCCCAAGAAACGUCCCAUGGCAGAGAAGCUCCUGCAGCAUCCUUUCGUCUGCCAGCCUCUCGCCCGCCUGUUAGCCAUUGAGUUGCUGGACAAAGCCACAAAUCCCGACUUGGCAACUGCUCCCUUGGAUGAUGGAGAUUUUGAGGCUUAUGAAAUAUUUCCUGACAAAAUCCGCUCACAUCGGCAGCAAGGGCAAGUUGAAGGCACCCUCGCAGAGAUCCAACUUAAUCAGGUCAAAUUUGGUCCCUUGCUGAGGAAAGAAACUGAACCUUGGUGCAGUCUGAAGGAGGAGGAAGAGGAGAACUGGAUGCUGUUAGGAGAUGGAGAGAGUCUCCUUCAAUCUGUGGAAGAAGCACUUGAGGAAAGGAGCUUAACAAUUCGCCCAGCAUGUCCCUCACAGCAGGUCCAGGAGGAACAGAAGCCCAGUGGUAUGGAUGAGGGUGACACAGGCACCAUCAAGAGAGGGCCUUUCUGGGACUUUCUCAACUUGGAGUUGGCAUAUAAGGCCCCCUGGGAACACGAAGAGGGACUUGAAUGCUCAGACUUGGAAUGUCACAGAAAUCAGACCCUGCCAGAUCGAACAGAGUUGAACAAUGCUCCAGAUUCUGUGGCGUCUGGCUCGCCGAAACCUGCGGAUUCACUUCUAUCCACAGAGUGGGCUACCAUGAAGAGGAAAGAAGAGGCCACUAGGUUAAUUUGUCAUGGGCUGCCUCCCACCCCCAAAGUCCACAUGGGAGCCUGCUUCUCCAAGGUGUUUAAUGGCUGCCCGCUGAAGAUCAAUUCAGCUACGACGUGGAUCCACCCGGAAACACGAGAUCUCUAUUUGGUGGUGGGAGCUGAGGAAGGCAUCUACACCCUCAACCUGCAUGAGCUUCAUGAAGAUACUAUGGAAAAGCUUCUUCCACACAGGUGUUCUUGGCUCUACUGUAUGAAUAGCGUGCUACUGACCUUAGCUGGGAAGUCUUCCCAGAUCUCCUCCCACAACCUUCUGGGUCUCUUUGAGCAACGCUGUCAGCUACAGAAGCGGCAGGUUCCUCUUUCCAUCGCUACCAAUCGGCUGACCGAGCGAAUCAUCCCCAGGAAGUUUGCACUAUCAGCCAAGAUAGCAGAUACCAAAGGCUGCUUGAAGUGUUGUGUGGUCCGUAAUCCCUACUCCGGGAGCACGUUUCUGUGUGCUGCUCUUCCCACCAGCCUUGCCCUCCUGCAGUGGUACGAGCCCUUGCAGAAGUUCAUGCUACUGAAGCACGUCCCUGUGGUACUGCCAGCUCCCUUGACCUUGUUUGAGCUGCUGGUGGUAGAGACGGAAGAGUACCCGCAGGUAUGCUUGGGGGUCACCGGCAGCGACCAGCCAGGUGCAGAGUUGCAUUUCAGCACGCUUUCUCUCAGCACCGGCCUCAGCACCUCAAGCCCUUCUGGCCGGCCCCUUGUCAUGGCCAAUCACGUCACUCAGAUGGACCGAGACACUGUCCUUGUCUGUUUUGAGCGCUGCUUGCGGGUAGUGAACCUACGUGGUGCCCCUCGGGGAGGCCUUGCUCCUGAACUUACCUUCAACUUCCCUAUUGAGACCAUUGUGUGCCUUCAAGAUAGUGUUUUGGCCUUCUGGAAACAUGGCAUGCAAGGCCGAAGCCUGGAGUCUGGUGAGGUGACGCAGGAGGUAACGGACGAGUCCCGAGUGUUCCAGGUCUUAGGAACCCAUAGAGACAUAAUCCUGGCGAGCACGCCCACAGACAAUCCCAUGGCGCACAGCAACCUCUACAUCUUGACGGGCCACGAAAGCAGCUACUGAGUGCCUUCUCCAAAGCUUUGUGUCUCUUGGAGGUGCCUGGCCUUGUGCUGGACUAUCACGAAGAUGGCGGGCUGGCUGGGACCCAGGUCUGCUGAUUGCUGUGGGAACCCACUGGAAUGGAGGGGUGUACACGUGUGUGGAAGGCUUUCGAGCCCUUCCCUGCCUCUCUCCACUGCUGCCAUAUACACUGGACAUAACACUGUCUGGGCUCCCAUACAUUAUUUGCUUGAGUCUUCCUGAGAUCCUGCUGUGCACUAGGAUGGGAGAACCCUCUUCCCUGAUUUGGGCCAGCAUCUCCUGAGAUGUUCGCAAUAAUUUGACCACUAGUCUGUCUGAAGAGUGUAGUGGUCUCUCUCAGCUGACACCAUGUGCCUGCUUGAACGCUUCCUCGUCCCCUUUUCCCCUUCUUAAUCCUUAGAGGUUGUCCCCCAUUUAACCUUUAGAAGCUGUCUAAUCAUGUGUAGGCAACAUGACCUAGUCUAGCCUCCAGAGUGAAGACAAUCAUUUGCCAAGGGUGAAACAGGGCGUCACGUGAUUAGCACUCGAGCUUUACAUUAAAGUCUUUCAGGGCACUUUGAAUUCUGACCUGUUCUCUUUAAAUUGGAGACAGGAAGCACGUUGUUUUGAGGCUAGAUGUGUGAAUGCAUGAAUAAAUCAGGCCCAGGAUGGGCAAACUGGAUGAUUGUGGCAGCAGGAGAUGGUGUGGGUGGUUGUAUAUAUGUGUGGGGGUGAGAGAGAGAGAUUGAGCAAUAUGCUUGCCAAAUAUCUAAGCAGGAGGAAUAGGUGCCUCUAAAGUGUAGAUGGAUUGGGGGGGGGGAGAGAACUGGCUGAGAACAUUCAACACAUGGUCCACGUAGUGUGGGCAACUUGUAUGCUAUAGAUCAGUUUCUGAGCCUGUUAGCCUAUUGUGGCUUUCAACCAAGCACUCUGGAGGGGCUGGGGAUCUCUAAAAAUGUGUGCCCUUUCAUGAAAGUAUGGAGAGGGACAGUGAAACGGCUGAGCCGGUUUCAGGAGCGUUUACAUUUUUGUAGCAUAGAUGUUCCCCUGCCGCCACCUGGACGGCCCAGGCUAGCCUGAUCUCAGCAGAUCUCAGAAGCUAAGCAGGGUUUGUCUUAUUCAGAGACCUCCAUGGAAAGCCAGAAGCAGGAAGUGGUAAACCACCUCUGAUGGUCUCUUGUCUUGAAAACCCUACUGGGUUGCCAUAGGUCAGCUGCAACUGGACAGCACUUUAUUUUACACACAAAUGUUUCCCUAACGUAGGUCCGCACACAUAUAUCUCACUGUGCCCAACCAGCCCCUCCUCACAGGUGUAUUGUGGCCCACUGGGGCUAGGCUCCCUGUCUUUGGAGCCCCAGCUAGGCAAUUAGAAUGGGGAUUGGGGGCGGGUUGGAUGGGCUGCAUUUUGCUUGAAGAUCCACAAGUUGUCCUAAUGGGUAUAUGUGGGUUGAAUGACUGCUACAGUACUGCAACCAGGUUGGGGGUUGGCUGCUUGGAAAGAGAAACAUGCUGGUGUGUAUGCCCAAGGGCUGUGUGGGUGGGGCUGAGUGAAGCCCUAUUGUGUUGAGAUUCACGUGAGGUCUUUGGUGGUGAGGCGGCUUUCUGUUUUUUUUGUUGCUGUUGCUUGAGCCAGUAGAAACAUACAGCCAGCUAUCUGGGCUUAUGCGGCCAACCACAAUCCUGAUCAGGUCAGUGCCAAGCAGCUGCUUUCCCAGGCUGCUAAUCUCUUUGUGGUUUUUAAUUGCUGUAAGUUGGAAUUUAUUGUCUCAGAAAACCAAACGUGGAAAGAAAAUGCUAUUUAACAUGGAGAUUGAUAUUAAACUGUGGCAUUUUA